CAGCAGGUUCAAGUUGAACUGCAUUUUAUUAUUAAAUUGAAUUUAAUUCCACCUUACCAUAUUAAGUUAGAAAUUCAGGUCCCUUACUUCGGCUACCUUUGUAGACCGCCAACCUCUUUAUUGAGCAAGUUAACUUUUUCAAUCUGUUCUAUCUACACACCAGCCAUUCUGCUUCGAUACUCCGAUUUAAGUGAUAUCGACAAUCCGAUUAAACAAAGAUUGAUCAACCUAACCUGCAAAUAUCUAUCAUUGAAUCAUAACCUCAAAUAUUACAACUGUUCAACUAUUCUAUUUAAUCUGACUAUUCUAACCAUCAAUUACUUGUUUAUUGUACGUCCUCUCUUUUCUACGGAACAAAAUAGGUUACAACAUUUGCCAACACAAGAACAUUUCCAUACUGAAGUGAUAUCAAUGAGAAAGACUAGAGCAGUGGGGAAAUUCAUCUCGUACAUAACAAGUGAUCCUCAGAGUUGACGAACUUUGGUUGCAAUGAACUCAAUCGUACGGAAAUCCCAAUUUGGCUUCGUGUUCAUGUUAUUUUACAAUUUUGCACAGGUGCACCUUUUUGAAUUACCAGUGAACUCUUUGAGUGAGCAAACACUGGCUCAAAUGAAUGGCAUAAAAGAAGCAUCCCAAAUCUAUUUGAAAGAUCUUGAUUGGAUAAGAAGAGACAUAACCGAGGGUGUAUUGCAUUGGAGCUACGCUGACUUCAUCAGAGAUCUUACAGUUUUGGAGCAAAUAUCAAAAGAUCAAAAACCAACUUGCUUCGAUUCAAUGGAUGCUACGAUGGAGGGUCUGAAACAAGUUGUAAGCCAAUAUUCAAGUAUAUAGAGUGAAUGAGAUGUA